AUGGCGACCCCAAAAAACACUGCUCAAGGUGCAAACAACGCGGAGCCCGUUUCAUCUCAAUUAAGCCGGCUUCAAAAAGAGCUUGCAGCCCGUGAUGCAAAAGUGAAAGAUCUGGAGGAGGCUCUGUCUACAGAGAGGGACCUCCUCCGGAAGAAAGACCGAGAAAUGGCCGACAUUAGGGAGCGGAUGCAGCAGCAGCUGGAUGAGUAUCAGGAGCUAUUGGAUGUCAAGCUAGCGAUGGAUAGGGAGAUAAGUGCCUACAGGAUGUUGCUUGAAGGCGAGGAGGAGAGGAUACGCUCGACCACGUCGGCCAGCGGGAAGAGGAAGCGUCCCAACGACACGGACAGCGAGGCUUCGAGCUUCGCCGGAAGCGCUGUGGCUCGUACUCCCAUCGCCCAGCAGGCCUCUGCUAGCGGGCAGGUCACCGUGGAUGAGGUGGACCAGGACGGCAAAUAUGUCCGACUCAGCAAUAAAGCAGAUGAGGAUCAGAAUUUGGGGAACUGGCAGGUGAAGCGCCAGGUUGGAUCUUCUGCUCCCAUCGCAUUCAAGUUUACCGCAAAGUUCAUCCUAAAGGCCGGCCAGAGAGUCACGAUCUGGGCGGCUGGCGCUGGCGGAAACCACAAUCCUCCCUCUGAUCUAGUCUGGGAGACACAGGCCAACUGGGGAACCGGAGACCAGUUCCAGACUACCUUGAUCAACGCUAACGGAGAGGUGACACAUCUUUCAAGCGACAAGAAGCAAUAUUUCCCUUUUGACGUCCGUUUUUCUUCCAGGAAAUGGCGAUGA